AUGGGAUCCUUUCUUGGUGACCAUGCUAUCACUUCGCGAGGAACUUCUUUUCUUCAGUGGAUUCAGGCAACUGGUCUCACUUGUUGGAAUGAAUUACUUGCAUUUGGUAUUCCUACCUUUCUUUCUGGUGGCUCUGGUACCUCACGUUCCAGUGUCAUUGAUUUAUUUCUUUCUACGUCCCCCCUUCUCAAUCCUUCUAUGCAAAUUCGUUCUGAUCUUUCUUUAGGCUCUGAUCACAAAAUGGUCAACCUCACUUUCACUCCCUAUGUUUCACCUCCCCCUCCCCCUACUAAUCAUCCGCGCCUACUUUGGAAUCUUUCCAAGCUUGCUCAGCCUGACACUCUCAAGAUCUACAUUGAUACAGCUUCUGCGUCAUUGGACAAUCUGACAGAGCAGUUCAGUGCUUUCCUUUCUUCUUCUUCUCCUCCUCCUGUAGAUUCUCUGUGCUCUGCUUUUGCUCAAGCUAUCUAUGAUGCUCUGGACACUGCUGUUGGUCGUCGUACACCACGUACCAUGCAAAAGUACUGGUUCUGGUCAGUGGACCUUCAACAAGCAAUGGAUCUGAGAGAACGCAGCUACCAACGCUGGCGUCAUUCUAGUGGUUUGCAGAAGGCUAUAUGCUGGAUGCGCCAUCAGGAUGCAUGUCAUGCUGUUAGGUUGUCAGUCCAGCGUCGUCGACGUGAAACAUGGAAAGAAUUCUGCAACAAAUUGGCAACACAAGACUUUGCAAAGACCACAGCAACAAUGAAACGUAUUAAAAGCCAUCGUCAAACCAGUCCUGUCUUUGUGGAUCCGGGUGGACCUCAAGUAGCUGCUAACAAAAUGGCUGAUCAUCUUCAACAGAUUUUCUCAGGUCAAUUUCUUCCUGCACGCCGCCCUCCAGACCAGACAGUGAUGAUUUCAUCACCAAUUGCAAUUGAUGAAUCGUGUCCUUUUACUCAUCUUUCUGUAGAGAGUGCAAUUCUCAAGCUUCCUACACGCAAGGCUCCUGGUGUUGACCAUCUUCGUGCUGAAAUGCUUCACCCAAUUGUUAAGCAAGUCUCUCCUGUUCUUUGUCUUUUCAUGCGUGCUCUUCAAUUACUUGGUGUCAAUCACACUGGGUUGUCACGUCUACUCUCAAUUCAUUUGUAUUGCCAGUUUAUUCAUCCACAAUUUGAGUAUGGCCUGGCAAUAUCCUGCUUCAACAUCAAACAAGUUGCUGUGCUUGAAAAGGCCCAGAACACAUGCUUACACAUGAUUUUUGGAGGUCACUCCACAUCUUCUACAUCUGUUUUCCGUCGCCUUGGGAAUCUUCUUAGCAUGAGGGAGAGGAUCUUGACUCUUGGUUUCAAGUUUGUAUAUCGUGCUUUCUGGUUGCCUGAUGAGGCUCUGUUUACUCUUCUUCGACCUGUUCUUACAAACCCAGCACACCAAUGGUUUAAGCUUUUAGCUAAUCCCAUUUGGUUGUCUCUCUCCAAUCGUCAGAAUGCUGAUUCUAAAGCUUGCAAGCAUGCCAUUCAUUCAUUUUUGAACCAGGGCCUCUCCUUGAAACGCUCUCAACAAAUACUUCUCUCUGCUUGCCGUCCUUCUCUUGGUGUUGACCCUAUUCUCUGGCUUCCCAUGACUAACUAUGAAUGUAGUAGAUUCAUACGCUGGCGUAUGGGGUGGCUUCCUGGACGUCCUCAACCUUGUUCCUGUGGAUUGCAUACCACCAGCCGUCAUCAUGUCAUUGAGUGCACUGGAGCUGCAAUUUGUCUCCAUCUCUAUUCUACAGUACAACCCAAUCCAAUUGAUUAUGUACUCAAUAUGCUGCCUAUGAAGAAACUUAAAAACAACAAGAACAAUGCCUUCUGGAUCUUUACUUGGCCAAUUCUUUGUAGAAUCAUAUUGGACAUAGAACAGAUCUGUCUCCCUGGGGUUGAUCUUGCUGAUCAUGCUGCAACAGACAGAGGACAACUCUUCUUGAACUGGCUACCCAAAUGA